AUGGAGGCAUCAGAGCAGGCACAAGCCGUCCCGGUGCUUGGCACUGGGAACGAUGCCCAGCGAGUGUCGAAGAAACGGUCGCUGGAAGACGUCGAGCAGGGAGACGUGAUGCCCAACGGAUCACCUCAAUCUCAUCAGGCCUCAUCGCAUGAGCCCGAGGCCAAGCGAGUGAGAACGGAGCAAAUCGGUCAAUCAGUCGCGCAGGAUGUGUCAAUGGACUCGGACGGCGCCGAUGAGGGCGAGCUGGAGGAAGACGGAGAGGUCCUACCUUCCGAACCCGAAUUCGAAAACCAGGGGAUCGUCGCCGCAGAGAGUGAAGGAAGCGCUGGAUCUCGCACGCGAUCAAAGGCGUCGGCUUCUGGUGGAGAGUCUGAUGCGGGCAGCAAACGGACGACCCGUUCAAUGUCGGCGGCGGAGAGCGGUCCAUCCCAAGUUGGAUGGAAUCAAGGCAUAACGUCGCAUAUCCGGACAUCACUUGGAGGGCCCAAGACAAAGGCUGCUGCACCGGCGCCGGUCAAGGCAUUAAUCGCCGAGGAGGAAGCCGCGCCUUCUCCCGCACCUGCAUCCGUCUCCCAAGAAGCGCCUGCACCCGAAGCUGCUGAGCCAGCCCAACCUGCCCAACCGGCGCCAAAGGAGGCCAAAAUCUCUCGACAGCAGCGAAGGGCCGAAGCUGCGGCAAUCGCGAAAGAAAAGGCGCAAGAGAUCGAAAAGGCUGGUUUCGUCCACGAGGGUCUGACUUUCUUUCAACCGAACAAGAAGACGCUUCUGCAACCAAAGGGGAACAACCUAGGCAGUGGAGUAUGGAGAUCCAAGUUUAAGAGCUGGUGCCAGUCCUUCGUCAGCCGGAACACCGAGCAGGAGCAUCUGCUCACGCCCGACAUUCUCGUCGCUGCUCUGCAGGACUACAUUGCGCAUCGGGCAGUGUGGAACAAGAAGAGGCAAUCUCCAGCCGCGAUCACUGAGUCACGUAAGCCCGAAACGAAGACUGACAUGGCUUCCAUCCUGGCGAAUGUCGUGAAGAAGGAUAAGCGCCAGCCAGGAUCAGAAGAGUCGCCCCUGAUCAUCCACGAUAACGACGAGGAGUCCGACGACGACCUUCAAGAAGUAUCCCCUCCGUCCGGUUCCAGACGGGCUUCACAGACCGAAGACGGGCCUAACGAUCAGCAAUCUACAACACAAUCCCAAAACGACGUUGUGGAUUUGAUGGACGAGGACGAGGAGAUGGAGGAAGAGCAAGGUGAACCUGGACCGGCGAUCAUGACCGAGGAGGAGGAUUUGGACCAGCAGCGCAAGUACUUCCCUGGCCUGGCCGACGCUGUUCAGAUCUGCGUCUACUGCGCGACUCUGGGACACACCUCGAUGGCUUGCCCAAACACGCGGUGCAAGUUCUGCGAACAUACCGACCACUUUUCUUGGAACUGUCCUACGCGCGAAAGAUGCACCAAGUGUCGCCAGCUCGGCCACGGCAAGACUAAGUGCAAGGAGAAGCUCAUUCACCUGGACGAAGAGGGUAUGGAAUGUGCCAUGUGUGGCUCUCAGGCUCAUCAGGAGGACGAAUGCGAAAAGGUCUGGCGAUCGUACAAGCCUCCAAGGUUCACCAAGAAGGUCAAGCCCUUCCCCGCCUUCUGCGCCUUUUGCGGCAACGAGAGCCACUACUCUUCCGAUUGUCAUCUGAAUCGCGACAGACCGAAGAGCGAAACGUGGACGCUCAAGAACAGACACCUCUACAUCGACAAGAACGCAACCGAUGGCCCGAUCAGCGACUUCGCUAGUCAGCCCCAGAACCCCAAGUUCGCCCCUCUCUCGAUUAAGGGCUCUGCAGCCAAGCGAAACCACAUCUUUUACCCCGAUAGCGACGGGUCGGAGGAGGGCGAGUUCAUCGGUCAGAAGGUGAAGCCGCGUGCUCCACUCGGCAACAUUCAGAUGUCGACCAACCUUCAGAUUAACGCUGGCAACUUUGGACCACCACCGCAGACGCAGUCAAACGGGCGUGGCCAGCAGCAUCAGCGGAAUGGGUGGUCAGCGCAGCCUCCCCUCCCUCCAGGCCCUCCACCUCCAGGCCCGCCACCACAGGGCUCGUACUCGCGAAUGUCGAGAAGCCACAACAACCAGUCGCGCCAGCCCGCGAACGGUUUGCCUCCCAAGCCCCCCGCGCCGCAGUCGCAGCAGCAUCACGGUCACAGUAGCGCAGGCCCACCGUCGAACGGGCGAGGAGGACCGAAUAUGCCCAAGAAGCAGAGGACUAGGAACCAGUCUGGAAAAUCCCAUGCGGGAGCCUCGCAGCAGCAGCAGCAGCAGCAGAACGGUGGGGGCUCGGCGGCAUCGCGCCGCAGGGGCAAGAACAAACGCGGUGGGAAGCAAGGAUGA